AUGGGCGUUGGUGUGAGGGGGAGUGGUGUUGGUGCGGGUGUUGAUGUGCUCGGUGAAGCGUUGGAUGCUGCUGCCGCGGCGGCGGGCGUGGAUUUGGGCGGUGCGGGUGGUAUGGGUGGGGAUUUGGGCGGAGGGUUGGGGGGAGAUAUGGGGAAUUUGGGAGGCGAUCUGGGGGGUGGGUUGGAUGGGGAUUUAGGAGGUGGAUUGGGUGGGAGUAUGGGGGGGAAUGGACUUGGGGGAAAUAGUAGUAUGGAUGAUGAUUUGAUGAGUGGACUCAUGGGAGGUCAUCAUCAUGGGGAUUUACUUGAUGGGUUUGGUGAGGGGUUGGGUGAUGGGAUGGGGUUUUAA